AUGAGUUUAUUAUCAGAGAAAUCUUUUAUUCUAGAAAAUUGGAAUAUUGCACUUCCAGUCACAAUAAUUUUAUUGGUUACAGUAUAUUUAAUAUCUAAAAGAAAAAAAACUGAUUUAGAUGGAGCAGAAUAUAUUGGAGCUGAUAACAGUAUUAAAACCGAUGAAAAUUGUUAUGAGGAUACUGAAUUUACACCAUCUCUUGACGACAAAGAUCAUGUAUUAUUUCCAGGUGCAAAAGUUGUUUUAGAUGGUGGUGCAACCAAAUUUUAUGAGAUUGUAAAUGAUCGUAGAAGUGUAAGAAAAUUUAGUAAAAAACCAGUGCCAUUUGAAAUUAUUAAACAAUGUAUUCAAGCAGCAGGAACUGCUCCUAGUGGAGCUCAUACAGAGCCUUGGACUUUUUGCGUUAUUGCUGAUGAAACAAUUAAAAAUGAAAUAAGAGAUAUUAUCGAAACAGAAGAAUAUUUGAAUUAUAGUCAAAGAAUGCAUCGGCAGUGGACAACAGAUCUAAAACCACUGAAAACUAAUCAUGUUAAAGAAUAUCUAAGUGAUGCCCCAUAUCUUAUUCUUAUUUUUAAACAAAUAUAUGGAAUAAGAAAUGACGGUAAGAAAAAGCAACAUUAUUACAAUGAAAUAUCCGUGUCCAUAGCCACUGGAAUACUGCUUUGUGCCUUACAAGCAGCUGGAUUAAAUUCUUUGGUAACAACUCCAUUAAAUUGUGGCCCAGCUUUAAGAACUUUAUUAAACAGACCAAAUAAUGAAAAGUUAUUAGUUCUCCUUCCGGUUGGAUAUGCAGCAGAAGACUGUAAGGUACCCGACUUAAGAAGAAAAGAUGUUGAUGAAAUUCUUUUUACAUAUUAA